AAGUAAUCAAACCAAACGGCCGCCAAGUUCCCAAAACUUGAGAAACCCAAAAGUUUUGGCAAACUAUGUGUCAAAGACAAGCCCUUCGUCUUUCUUAAAAUUUCUUUUGAGUAGAACGGCAAUGGACCGGAGCGAGGCUCAAUCUCCUCAAGUUGAAACGGCGAGAAUUCUGGUGGAAUUCUUGGAGGUGGCAGUCACUUCAAUUGUUUUCCUCAAGGGACUUUAUCCUGCUGGUGCUUUUGAAAGAAAAAGGUAUAUGAAUGUGGUAGUUCAGAGGGCUCGCCACCCUGGACUCAGACAAUAUAUUCAUUCUGCCGUUAAUGGUCUUCUUCCUUUUAUCCAAAAGGGGCUGGUGGAGAGAGUAGCAGUCAUAUUCUUCACUGCUGACAACAUCCCUGUAGAGAGGUAUAUUUUCAAGAUCAUGAUUAACCAAUCUUAUGGCACAAAGGUGGAAGAAGGUGAACUGGAGUUCUCACUGAGGUCCUUCUUUAUCAAACUUUCAGUCUCUCAAUCCCUCUCUAAGGUUCUUCCAAAUGGCUGCAGGUGGGAGAUAACGGCGUACUUUCACUCCCUUCCUCAGGUUGGUACAAGCAAGGAUUCAGAAUCAUGGAUCCCUACAAAUACACAGCAGUGGCAGCAGCCUCCACUAAUAACUCCAAUCAAGUCAAUGAACAGAGACCCUUUGAAUCUGCAGUUAUAUCUGGAGCAUCCUAGUUUCUCAGAAACAAAGUCUUAAAAGGAAACUUUCCCUACAAUACCUCUUAUGUGAUACAGUUCUCAUUAGCUUGACAAACUGUGAUAGAGAAAUUAUAGGUAUGAUCAUUUUUGUAACAAAGUGUCACUAUCUGAUUUGAUGUGCGUUCUUAAUGUACAAACACAAGAUCAAUCAUUAAAUAAGUUUGAAUAAACUCACAACUCUCAAAGAA